AUGGAUGUGGACAGCGAGGUGGAGCCGCUGCUGCGGGAGAUGUCGAAGCGGCUGGCCGUCGUGCGCGCCGAUCUCCUGCCAGCACUGCGGCGGCUGGACGAGGACACACUUCUUUCGCACUACUCCGUUGAUGAGCAGGCGCGCCUGUACCUCUCUGCUGCCUUCACUUUGACGCUGUCCCUCUACUCGCUGGACAAGAUCACGCAUCGACAGGUGGCAUCCGGGAGCGGCGCUGCACCGCGGCUGACGGGCUUUGAGAGUCGUGGCGGUGCGGCUGCAUCCGCUAUGGCAGCCUCGACGCCGUUGUCGUCGGCCUCCACAGACGCACAGCUGGCGCUGAAGAUCGAGCGCAUUACGGAGUACAUCAAGAAGUUGCAGGAGCUCGUAGCACUGGAGAGGCAGAGGAGGAGUGCCGCCACCACCGCGGCCCCUGCGGCCGAUGCGUCGACCGGCGUUGUUGCUGCCACUACUCCCGGUGCUAAGCGUCCACGUAAGGACGCCUCCGUCGAUACUGCCUCUACUGCUGCCACCGCUGCUGAGCAGCCUGCGAAGAGGACGAGGGCCGAGAACGGUGCGAGCGUCGUGACGGCACCGGCGCGCGACGAAGAGGAUGCCUUUGGCGAUGCGCAGAUGUUCAGCGUCGUGUCGCGGGUGGCGGGCGAGACAGGAACGCUGGUGAGCCGCUUGGUGAAGCAGGCCAUGCCAUCCUCUGAGUUAGCAGUGAGCAAGGCCGAGUAG